AUGGCCAUAAACAAGCUAAAAAACAAUAGAAGUAGAGGUGAAGAGUACAUAAACGCAGAGGUUCUGAAAUAUGGCGGCAUAGGAAUCCUCACCAAAAUACUAGGCGAUUAUCAAGGUGGAUUUAAACACAAUCGACCUACAACAGAACAAACUUUCAUUUUGCGUCAAAUCGUUGAAAAAUUUUUCGAAUAUUCAAUUGAUUUUCACUGUCUGUUCAUAGAUUUCAAGAAAGCAUUUGACAGUAUCAGCAGUUCAAAAAUAGAACAAAUCCUAAAAAUUUGUGGUAUACCUGAAAAAUUAAUUAAGCUGGAAAUUAUGACACUAUCAAAAAAAUUAGAAAUUAACUCUGGAGUAAGGCAGGGUGAUGCAUUCAAUCUAGUACUCAACAGUGUCAUUCAAGAUGUAAAUUCAGAAUGUACCAUAUUAAAUAAAAAUAUACAGUUAACUGUGACAGGCGAAUAA